AUGACUUUCCCUGAGCAGAUUAAUGCCAGCUUGAAUGGGAACUACACGGGAGAGGCCGACGGUGCAAACGGGUCCUUGGCAGGGGAGGGUGGCGGCUCCAACAACACCACCUUGGCUCUGAGUCUGGACCUGCAGACGGUGGGCGUGGGGGUCUUCCUGGCCCUCUUCAUCCUCUCGGCCAUCGUGGGCAACAUCUUGGUCAUUCUCUCGGUGGCUUGCAACCGUCACUUGCAGACGGUGACCAACUACUUCAUCAUCAAUUUGGCCAUCGCCGACCUGCUCCUUAGCACCACCGUCCUGCCCUUCUCGGCCACCUUGGACGUGCUGGGCUUCUGGGUCUUCGGCCGCAUCUUCUGCGACAUCUGGGCAGCGGUGGACGUCCUGUGCUGCACCGCGUCCAUCAUGAGCCUGUGCAUCAUCUCAGUGGAUAGGUACAUUGGGGUCAAGUACUCACUCAAGUACCCCACCAUUAUGACCGAGAAGAAAGCAGUGAUCAUCUUGGUGGUUGUUUGGCUCUCAUCCAUGGUCAUCUCCAUUGGACCUCUCUUGGGCUGGAAGGAGCCAAGACCCCAAGAAGCGAAUGUCUGCACCAUUACCGAAGAACCUGGCUAUGCCAUCUUCUCCUCUCUCUUCUCCUUUUACUUGCCCCUCUCAGUCAUUCUGGUGAUGUAUUUCAACAUCUACGUGGUGGCAAGGAGGACCACCAAGAGCUUGGAGGCUGGAGUCAAGAAAGAGCGGAGUAAGUCCAUGGAAGUGGUCCUUCGCAUCCACUGCCGCAGCGUGCUGGAGGACUCCCUCGCCAGCACCAAGAGCAAAGGGCACACAUUCAGAAGCUCUCUGUCUGUGCGCCUCCUGAAGUUCUCCAGGGAGAAGAAAGCUGCUAAGACUCUCGCGAUUGUAGUUGGAGUUUUCGUUCUCUGCUGGCUGCCUUUCUUUUUCAUACUACCUUUCGGUGCCUAUUUUCCUUCUCUGAAGCCCUCGGAGAUCGUUUUCAAGAUAAUCUUCUGGCUGGGCUAUUUCAACAGCUGUGUGAAUCCCAUUAUCUAUCCUUGCUCGAGCAAAGAGUUCAAGAGAGCUUUCAUCAGGCUUCUAAAGUGCCAGUGCCGUCGGAAAAGAAGGCCUAUCUGGAGGGUAUAUGGUAAUCACUGGCGAGGAGCCUCCAUCAAUGGUGCCGGACAAGAUUCUGAUGGAGAAUCACGGUCCAGGAUUUCUACCAUUAACGGCUCGUUCAUGUUGAACUCCAGCAGCUUGGAGAGAUCCAGCAAGAGGAAAACUCUAAACUUCAAGAGGUGGAGGAUUUUCUCCCCUUUCCAAAAACCUACAACGCAGCUGAAAGAAAAAAUGAACAGCCUCUCGAACAAGAUACGGGGAGGAUCCCUCAAAGGGGGCAUGACAGCCUCGUACCGAACAGAGGUGGAAUCUGUCUCCAUAGGAAUCCCCAAUGAAUUCAUGGAGUCGAUUGACUAUCAAAUGUACGAUGAAUUAACAGACUCAGAGUCCCAUGGUCUCAGUGAAACUGAUAUUUAAUGCCUCCAGGGAUAAACUUUUGGGUUCCAUUUUG